AUGGCUGACUAUAACUUGAACCGCAGACUCCCCCCCAUUCGGGCAUGUCUCUUUGACAUGGAUGGCCUUCUUAUCGACUCCGAGGACAUAUAUACAUUCGUGAUAAACCAGAUUUUACAUGAAUAUGGAAAACCCAAUCUACCUUGGUCUAUCAAGGCGCAGCUGCAGGGCCGUCCCCAGCCACAGUCUGGUCAAGUGUUUCAAAAAUGGGCCCAGCUACCCAUCUCGCAGGAAGAGUUACAGAAGAAAAUCGCUGCACUUCAACGGCCUCAGUUCCCAAAGACACAGCCGCUGCCCGGUGUUAUGCAGCUGAUUAGCAACCUAUCCCGCGCCGCAUCGAACUCUCCCCCUGUACACAUUGCACUGGCCACAUCCUCUACUACAACAAAUUUCAAACUCAAAACCUCCCACCUCUCGGGUCUAUUUUCCCAGUUCCCCCCAUCCAGGAUCAUCGUGGGAGAUGACCCCAGAAUAGCCCCCGGGCGAGGGAAACCACUGCCUGAUAUAUAUCUGCUGGCACUUAGCAUUAUCAACAAGGAAAUCCAGGCAAAGGGUGAACACCCAAUCACCCCAGCAGAAUGUCUCGUUUUCGAGGACUCCGUUCCUGGUGUAGAAGCUGGCCGGAGAGCCGGUAUGAGAGUUGUCUGGUGCCCUUACGAAGGGCUGCUUGAAGUAUACAAAACUCAGGUGCCGGAAGUCCUUGCUGGCCUGACAGGAGCACAUAAGGACCCCGAGGAUAACGGAAAUGAUACCUCUGCUGUCUCCAAUUCAGGCAAGCCAGGCAACCUGAAUGAUGGCUGGGGAGAAUUAGUACGCAGUUUGGAAAAUUUUCCGUACGAGAAAUAUGGAAUCAAGGUCACUUGA